AUGUUUGUCGACGGACGCGCCGCUCGUUGGUUGAAUUUUUUCAGGUUCACCGGUCAGGUCGUCUGGACAGUCAAUCUCAUCCUCUUCUCCUACCUCCUGGAUAGGCCUUUCUCCGGGCAUGAGCUGAAAAUUGGGAGGAUCGCACCCGGUGAGCUAACGCUCUACGAUGUCCGCUACUCCGGCGCGCUCUAUGGGCGGGAUUACACCUACACGUUUUCCGCACCCUCCAUUUCCAUCCGUUACCACGUCCCGAAGCCUUCCAACCAGAGGUGGCUUACCUUCACGGCGUACGACAUCGUCUACCGAUCUACAACGUGUGAUGUUUCCGUCGUCUCGCUCGACGUGACCUUUUGGGUCUUCCCGUACCUGUUCAAGCGUACUGCUGGGCCAUGGAUCAGUGUCGUCCUCGACGGGUUCUGCGUGCGUGUGUAUCGGAGCAGCGCUACGCCCUACUGGAUCCGGCGAUUGCGGGAGAACCUCAUAGGCGCGAUCCUCAAGGGGCAAAUCUUUCGCUGCGACGAUUUUAAGACGACUGUUCGCUUUGCGGGGGUCUCGGAUCCGUUGACAUCCAAAAAGGCGGAGAAGCACAGGAAGAGUCCUAUGGGAAGUCCGAGCAAGGACGGAUCUGAAUCCGAGUCCGAUGAUGGUCACGACAGUUCAGACAGCUCCUCAGAUGAACGCGAGUCUGAUGGCAUCGCCAACGGCCUCGACCAAGCCAACCACUCUGAUCGUCCACCUCCAUUCCUCAACGCCGACACGGACGAGUUGCGCGUGACCGCAUCUACGCAACGGCUGCACAUCGACAACGGCGAGGGCCGACUAUAUACGUUCGGCGCCGUCGACGCGCAGCUUCGGCGCGACUGGGACACCGAUCGCGGGAGCUUUGUUAUGAUCGCCAAGGAGGGACGAUGGGUGCGCGUGCACUGGCCGUAUCAGAGAGAGUGGACGCCGUGGUGGUCACAGGUGUUCACGUCAAUUGCGCAGUUCCCGCUUGAUCUGUUUCGUGUCUUGGACCUCCCGAUGCGCACGGUGGACUUGUUCGUCCCGCGAGCGGACAUCACAUUUGACGAGUUCCGGAUACGUGAUGCAUCUCUCAUGAAGCAGGUGUUUGCGACCGCGCGCGAGAAGACGGCGCAGUUCAACAUCAACUUCGGAGACAUGAUCUUUGACACGAUUAUCCAUGCGUUCAUUCAGCAGUAG